AUGGCGGGCUUUGCUACUGCGCAUCCUCCAAUCCGGACUCUAGGUUACUUUACUCUCAUUCUACACGACGCCUUGUCGCCAUUCGGCUCAGUGGAAUAUUUUCCUACGUCUCAAAUGUCUUUUAACGGUGAUACUGGUGUUGCUAAAAGACAACGAACUGAUUUGGAUGGUGUUCAACAAAGAGAUCACACUGAUGGCUACAAUAAGAAUUAUGAACCAAGACGGAAACGGUGA